GUGUAGAGAAGGUUUGAAUUUCUUUCAUAGUCCCAUUACAAAGAGGAUGGCAAUAAGAGCACUCUGGACAACUGAGGAGAACAAGCAACACUGAAUAGCAAAGCAAGUCAGUCCAGAAAUCAAAAUAUCUUCCGUUUCCUUCAAAGAGCCACACAAUUCUUCACCUUCCUCAGCAAGUAAGAGAGAAACUAGAGAAAAUCAAGAAGAGAUUUCUAGCUGGGAAAAGUAGAAUUCAAGCAUAUGUUACAUGAAAAGUGAACGGAGAUUAUUUUUCCAUUCAGCAAAAGAAGGAAAUGAAAAAGUUAGUGGGGAGGAAAAGGUCAAGUGGAAAGCCAUGUAGAGCAGACGGUGUUGCAGGCCUCACUCUGGGAGCAAGAAAAUCACCAGUAAAUCAAAGCAUCACUAAAGGGAUCAUCCAUAUUUUUGACCUCAAGAAUAUGAGUUGUGGAAGAGAUCCAUAGACAUGCCAAGGUAACAAUAUGCGAAUCACAGCUGAUUAUGAAUGAGAGGAUCCAGACUGGAGAAAAACCUUACAUAUACACUGAUUGUGGCAAAACCUUUGAUCAGAACAACUCCAUUUUGUUUCAUGAAAGGACCCACAUAGGAGAGAACCAUACAAGUGCUCCCAAUGUGGUAAAUGCUUUAGCAAGCAUGGCAACGUGGACUCACAGGAAGGAGAAACUGUUUGAAUGUCCUGAUUGUGGGAAAUGUUUCUCUCAUAAUUCCAACCUAGUGACACACCAGAAGACUCACACAAGAGAAAAACCCUUUGAAUGUCCUGAUUGUGGGAAAAGUUUCAGUGACAAUUCCAGCCUGGUGAAACACCAGAGGAUUCACACAGGAGAGAAACCCUUUGAAUGUCCUGUUUGUGGGAAAAGUUUCAGUCAGAAUUCCAGCCUUAUUGGCCACCAGAGGAUUCACACAGGAGAGAAACCAUUUGAAUGUCCUGUUUGUGGGAAAAGUUUCAGACAGAAUUCCCAUCUCAUGAGACACCAGAGGAUUCACACAGGAGAAAAACCCUUUGAAUGUCCUGAUUGUGGUAAAAGUUUCAAUCAGAAUUCCACCCUUGUUCAACACCAGAGGAUUCACACAGGAGAAAAACCCUUUGAAUGUCCUGAUUGUGGUAAAAGUUUCAAUCAGAAUUCCACCCUGGUUCAACACCAGAGGAUUCACACAGGAGAAAAACCCUUUGAAUGUUCCCAUUGUGGUAAAAGUUUCAGUGACAAUUCCAACCUGGUGAAACACCAGAGGACUCACACAGAAGAGAAACCCUUAAAAUGUUCUGACUGUGGGAAAUUUUUCAGUCAGAAUUCCACCCUGGUUCAACACCAGAGGACUCACAUAGGAGAGAAACUCUUUGAAUGUUCUGAUUGUGGAAAAGUUUCUCUCAGAGAUCACAGCUCGUGGUGCACCAGACGACUCAACCAGGAGAGAAGCCCUACAAGUGCUCCCAAUGCAGUAAAUGCUUUAGCGAGCAUGGCAACGUGGACUCACACCAAGGAGAAAUCGUUUGAAUGUCCUAAUUGUGGAAAUUGUUUCUGUGAUAAUUCCAGCCUGGUGACACACCAGAGGACCCACACAGGAGAGAAAUUAUACGAGUGUCCAGACUGUGGGAAAGAUUUCAGUAUUAGGAGUAGCCUUCUGAAUCAUAUACACACAAGGGAGAAACCAUUUAAGUGCCCUGAGUGUGAUCAAUACUUCAGGAAACCUUCCAAUCUUAUCGCACACAAGAAAAUCCACAUGAGGCCCAAAGUGAUGAGUGUAGAGAAGGCUUGAAUUUCAUUUCUAACUUCGUAUUGUAAGUCCAGUUGAGAAAUAGAUGACUUUGUUUGCAAAGAAUUUGCCUUAUUCUUUGUAGGCAAAUAUGUCAUGGUAUUAGAUGGGAAGGAGGAAAGAAAAAAAAAUGGAACGUAUUAGUUUGAUAAUAACUAUCUGGCUAUCAGCAGCAGAGGUUGCUGGAUAUUCAUUUUUGCAGAAAUUGGGAAUUAUGUGAAAAAAUUUUUUGGGAAUGUUCUUUGCAUCUCUAUCAAUGUAGAUGAUAGAAAUACCACAUACAGAGUGCCAGCCUUUUUCUCCCUGCCUCUCUCUCAGAAUUCUGCAGCCAGCAUCUCAUGGGGAGGGAUAGGAGCACUCAGGCUAUAUUUAGAGAUUGUGGUUCCUCAUAUAAAGAGAAAGCGAGAGGAGAAGAGAAGUAGAGGGUUUCAAAGUUCAUCUUAACAGUUCCAGCAAUUCAGUGCAUGUCUGUUCAGAUUGUGUCAAGAAUGAGGCACGCAAGUGGAAGAUACCAUAUGAGUAGCAAAUAUAUUGGGGGAGUUUGUGGCAAUGACAAAACCAGGGUAAAAUUUCAGAUGUAAAAGCUGUUCUGCCUUGCAGGUGACCUUCAUGGAGAAGAGUUGAGGAGAAAAAGGAUUGUAGUUUUGGGCACAGGAUCUCCUGGUUUAUCUCCUGUGAUCUCCUUUGUUUUGAGGGCCUCCUUGUUAGCCUUUGACAGCUGGGUGUGAGAGCAUCCAUAAGGGACUGAUACUUUAGUGGUCCCCUCCCCCCCUUGGUAGAGAGAUGUGAGAAAAAAAUUGCACUGUAGAUAACGCUUCAUUUCUAAAACAGAAUUGGGUAAGAAGCAUCAAUAGCUUUUUGAGAAAGACAAAGGAAAGUGUUGGCAUUUCUAUAAAUGUUGGGACACGGUAAUGCAAAGCUCUCUUCCCAAACACGUGGGAGACAUUUUCUGUUCUUCCACUUCUCUCCCAGGGCUCCUUAAUGUUUUUUUUUCAAAAUCCAUUUUAAAUAAAGAGAGGAACAUUAUUUGUAGCAGCAAAAGUGACAUUUUAGCUAUGCAGACGAAUAAUCCUGAUUUUGCUGGGAUCGGAAGACACCAAAGAAUUCCAAGAUGGUUGAUUUCACCACCACCGUUCAAAAUUACAGGUUACAAUCUUUUUUAGUAGGUCUCAUUGCACGUGAUCCCUUUGUAGGAGGACACUCAGUGAUCAGGAGCAGAUCAGGACCGGCAUCUGGAGGAACAAAGGGGCUCUUUUGGUCUCAGUCUCUAGCUCCAAAUUACUUUGAAUUUAAACAUGUGCAAAAUUUCUAAACUUUAAAAUAGUAAAUGUAUCUUUCAUCAUUUUUCCUUUCUCACUUUCCUUGGUGUCACAUGUUAGUGCAUAUGUUUAUCAUGUCUCAUCUUAUGGUUAGGAGUUAGAAACCCUUGCAAAGCCUCAGGAUAUUUGUAUAAGGUCACAUAAAGAUAUCAGGCAAAAUUUAAGAAAGCCAAUCUAAGAGUCAGAUUUUAUUCCAUUGGUGGUACUACAUGCUUUAAAACCGGUUCUCCUUCAUAGUGGGGUUGUCGUUAUGGACGUUUCUUUUCUUGGAAACAAUAUGGAACUGAUAAUGCCACUGCUUCCUCCUGUGAUUUUUUUUAACUUCCAUACCUAGCAAACAAACACAGGAUUUCCUAGUGAUGCACCAUCCAUUUAUUAUCCUGACAUAACUGUGUUUAACCUAGGAUUUUUUUAAAUACUGUAUUUUUCAAAAUGUGAGAUACAC